AUGUCUCACCAAGGAGCUGCACUUCAGAACUAUAAUAAUGAACUUGUAAAAUGCUUUGAGGAGCUUUGUAAAAGACGAGAAGAUUUACAGCGACAGAUCCAACAAGAUGAAACUGAACGCGCUAAACUCCAAAGGGAGAUAAAUGUUCUCAAUGAUAAGCUUACCAGAGUAAAUGAAUCGUUGGAGAAAAAACUAUCCACACGGAAUGAGUAUGACAGAACGAUCGCAGAGUCCGAGGCAGCUUAUAUGAAGAUUCUGGAGAGUUCUCAGACUCUUUUAACUGUCCUAAAAAGAGAAGGUCAAAAUAUUGUCCAAAAAGCAACGGCGAAAAAUGUUCCAUUUUAG